ACGCUCCGAGAAUUUUUUCACGAACACCAACCUUCUGGUCUCGUCCUUUCUUCCUCACUCAUCUUCCAUGGCUUCCAAUGAUCUCAAACAUCGACUCACACCGCAUCCAGACACCGCCGCGAACGACAACGGGAUGAUCGGAGAAAAACGCCAGAAACGAAAGGUGAUGGCCAAACGCGGCCUAAAGUCACUCGCCAUAGCUGUUACCCUUCCCCUCUCUCUCACCGUCUUAUCAGCAUGCGUAGGCUCCUUCAUUGCCAGAGAUGAUUCUCUGUCUUCCAGAAGGCCCUUCUGGUUCCCACCUUCCUGGGCCCUGCACUUCACCUGCCCCGCCACAAGCUUCUUGAUGGGUCUCGCCGCCUGGAUGGUCUGGGCAGACGGAGGUUUCCACCGAAACCCCACGGCUCUGUUGCUUUACUUUAUUCAGCUCCUUUUCUCGGUGCUCUGGGAUCCCCUUGUGUUCGCUGCUGGGGCUACACGGCUCAGCCUGAUGCUCUGUUUAGGGUUGUUCGUGAGUCAGUACGGGUGCAUGCAUGCGUUUCGCUCCGUCAAUCCCAUUGCUGCUGAUUUGAUAAAGCCUUGUCUGGCAUGGGUUGCUUUUCUAUCUAUUGCAAAUCUUAAACUCCUUUUUGUCUGAGCGCAUAUAUACAUAUGUAUAUAUAUACCCUACUACUAUCAAUGAAGAUUAAGACUUGAACAGUGUUAUGUAGAAUUGUUCUGUAAACACGCGUGGUAAAUAAUAUUUUCCUAGUAUUUUGUUGCA